AUGGACUUUGACCAUUACGGACAGAGCUCCCAGCAGCCUCGACAACGGCGGAAACGUGUAGUCAAAAGGAGACUGCAUAACAAACCUCCGAUUGCUGCUCGGCUGGCGCUAGACCAUCAGCUUCGCGGGAAUGUCGGCCUCUUAUCAGAGGACUUGGCUAAGGAUCUCUUUCCGCAGCAGUCGCUUCAGGAUGUUGCGACGCAUGACGGAGUUCACUAUGUAGCCGUUUCCCCACAUUCCCCGACCUCUUCCUCGGUGGAGGACCAAGCUUGGACGAUACUUCCCGUGCGGAUUCACAGCUCAGAACGCUCUCAGACGCCCAUAUCGCAGUCAACUGUUCUCUUCCCUGACUCCGCCGACACCCUGCAGCCUUUCCUACAGGCGCUUGGAAAGCUCGACGCAUCCCGGAACUCCUUGCAGACUCACCGGGCGGUGGAGAUCCGGCUGCUGGAUGUAGCUCCGCUGCAUCUUGAAACAGUUUUUGUGACUGUCGAGCGGCACCUCCUUCGUCACCAUGACGAUGUACAGAACAAGUUUGGCGGUGGGUUUCCGUCCAGUGCUCACGGACUCAACGGAGUGUGGUCUAAGACUGGCAAGACCGCGGAUACAAGAAAACCUUCGAAAAAGGCAGCGGUGGACGCGGAACAGCGGUUGACUGCGGCUGUGCGCGAGGCAUUGGCUGCGCAGCGACUCGUUCAUAUAGGGGACGUCCUUCCACUUCCUCUUCCGCCGCAUCCAAUCACCUAUGCGCCCGCGCCGCCUGCUCGCAUCUCCUUCUGCGAGCCGGUAUCACAAGGCCUUUUGAUGCCAACAACCAAGGUAGUCCUUGUUCAAGCUCGCUCGCAGGGCAACCGCGCACCGCAAGCUCUCCCCCCGCGGCCGACGCUCCUGAGACAGGUCGCCGAGGAUGAGGCCGACGAUACUUCCAACGAGCAGUUCUACUCCGCUGCCGAAGACAAGGCCGGAGAGAGCGGCACUGAAGUCGAAGCCACCUCUGCGGCCGAGGAAUCAGAGACCGAGGGCUCGGUAGGCUCUAUGAGCGACGACUCUGAUGAUUCACUGGAGGACAUGAUCUCGCUCUCAGCCCCCGAACUUCCCCAACCCCCAUCCGGCGUCAUGUCCUCCAUCACUUCCGCUACACCCCGAGCAGGUGGUCGACGGGUGGAUGGGACCCAUACCCCAGGCUCAGUUGCGUCCAAUUUUACAUCAGCAACCAUGAGGCCCGGUCGGGGAGGCGGGAAAGUUUUCAGGGUUGAAGGACUCUUGCAAGAAGUCCCGAAUGAGGUCCUCCACCCUCGCCCACGCGACGAUGAAGAUGUUGAUUCCUUCAUCUUUGUCGAUAUCAGCACCCUCGCUAAGAUCGGUUGCUUCUCGGGUGACUGGGUGCGAAUCGAAGCGGCCGAGGAGCCCCAGAUGAACAUGUUCGCCUCGCUGAAGUUCGGCAGUUUCAAUGAUUCGCCCGAAGACGCUGUGGAUUGGCGGCCCGUCAAGGUCUUUGGCCUACCAGGGCUCCCAUCAGCGAAACCCCGGUAUGCAAUCAACCACUCUGGUGCUCGCCGAUCGAGCCUCUCACAGCUUGCGCCGACGCGUUUGACGCCUUCUGUAUUUGUGCCUCCAUUGCUUCUCAGCAACAUCGAGAACCCCAAAUACCUUCGUAUAUCCCGGAUGACAUUUGCGCCUGCCAAUGGCGUGUCAAAGCCCGGCCUUCUGCACCACAUGAAGAACAGCGCUGCCAAGAACCCUCCCCUGGCGAAGGAGGUCACACUUCUCAAGAUCUCUACGCCUCUCUCAAUGGAUCGGAUCCUCCAGCCCGCGCUUUUUGCUGGACUCAAGCAGUACUUUGAGUCCCGCCGACGGAUAUUGAAGAGUGGCGAUCUGGUCGGUAUCAGUGUUGACGUGGGAUUGGGCCGAUCGGUAUUCUCUGGCACAGCCGGUGGCGAAAAUGCAAACCAAGAAGACGACAUCAUCUCUAGGCUAGGGCAAGGGCCUAACCCGGAGAGCUCGGAGGCUCGCAAGGUUGGCGCUGCCUGGUUCCGUGUCGGGCAAGUAGUCCCGACUAGCAUUGACGAACUGGAGGAGACGGGCGAGGAUCCAUGGGGUGGAGUCGCGGUCAUUGAUCCCAGCAGCACUCGCAUGGUUCAGGCUGGCAGCGAUGUCAGUCGAGUGCCCGGUAUUCUGGGUAACGGCUGGGAGUACUGGCUCGGCGUUAAGACGAUCCCCAAGGCCGUUGGUGAUGCGCCAGCGCCCCAUGGAAUCAUAGCAGAGCCUCCUCAGUCAUUCAUUGCGCCCUUGCAACAACGUAUCCGAGAUUUGAUGGCCGCCGCAACAAGCCCGCGUGCUAUUCAGCUGGGCAUGAAGCCCGUUGUUAUCCUAUUGAAGUCGCAGCAGCGACAUAUCGGCAAAGCGACUGUCGCCACGCGCGCAUGCGCCGAUAUCGGCCUCCAUACCUUCCCCAUCGAUGCCUAUGACAUCCUGACCGAGGGAGGUGCAAAUGGCGGCGACGUCAAGACCGAAGCUUAUCUCAAAGCCCGUGCUGAGAGGGCAUUCCACUGUGGUCCGAACUGCACUGCCCUGCUGAUUAAGCAUAUUGAGGUAUUAACGGCUGACCGUAUUGUGACUGCAAUGAAUGAUAUCCUCAGCGAGGCUCGGGUCGUGAUUGCGACGACAACCGAUGUUGAACAGAUUUCGGAGGGCAUCCGCAGCAUAUUCAGCCAUGAGUUUGAGAUGGGGGCACCCGAGGAGAAGGAGCGUGAGGGUAUUCUGCGGAACGCAGUCGCGGAGCGUGGCAUCAAGCUGGCGUCCGAUGUUGAGCUGGGAACCGUGGCGCUGAAGACUGCCGCAUUGGUCGCAGGAGACCUGGUCGACGUUGUGGAGCGUGCUGCAGGCGCUAGAACUGCCCGUCUAGAGAAGCUGGCAGAGACUGCAAGCAAGCAACUCUCUGGGUCCGAAGUUUACGUGAGAGACGUCUUAAUCGCUGGCGGAGAUGGGGCCCGUGGAGUGAACAAAGCCGACUUUGAUUUUGCAGUUGAGGCAGCCCGCAAGAACUUCGCCGACUCUAUUGGCGCCCCUAAGAUCCCCAACGUUGGCUGGAAUGAUGUGGGCGGAUUAACGAACGUCAAGGACGCUUUGAUCGAGACAAUUCAAUUGCCCCUUGAACGCCCGGAGCUGUUUGCCAAGGGUAUGAAGAAGCGCAGCGGUAUUCUGUUCUAUGGACCACCUGGAACCGGCAAGACGCUGCUUGCCAAAGCCAUUGCUACUGAAUUCUCCCUCAACUUCUUCUCUGUCAAGGGCCCCGAAUUGCUCAACAUGUAUAUUGGUGAAUCUGAAGCCAACGUGCGGCGGGUUUUCCAACGUGCCCGUGACGCUCGGCCGUGUGUUGUGUUCUUCGACGAACUGGAUUCAGUGGCGCCCAAGCGUGGCAACCAGGGAGACAGUGGCGGUGUGAUGGACCGCAUUGUCAGCCAGUUGCUUGCCGAGCUGGAUGGCAUGAACGGCGGAGAGGAGAACAGCGGAGGCGUUUUCGUGAUUGGCGCGACCAACCGCCCGGAUUUGCUGGAUACAGCACUUCUGCGCCCUGGUCGUUUCGAUAAGAUGCUCUACCUCGGCGUGUCAGAUACGCAUAGGAAGCAAGCAACGAUUCUGGAGGCACUCACGAGGAAAUUCGCCCUCAACCCUGACGUGUCUCUCGACCGCGUCGCAGAACAGCUUCCGCUGACGUAUACUGGUGCUGAUUUGUAUGCCCUUUGCUCCGAUGCCAUGCUCAAGGCCAUUACCCGGAAGUCCACGGCUGUAGAUGAGAAAAUCAAACAGCUUCCGGGUGGUCCUGUGACGACAGCCUACUUCUUUGAUCACUUGGCGACACCGGAGGAUGUUUCGGUGACGGUGACAGAGGAGGACUUCCUCUCCGCGCAAGAGGAGCUUGUUCCUAGUGUGAGUGCCAAGGAAUUGGAACAUUUCGAACGCAUUCGCCAGAGUUUCGAGUCCGUGGACAAGCAAAAGCAGGAUCCUGGAAAUACUGGCCCCCAAACGAUUGCUGACGCCAUGGAAGGUUUCAGUCUGGAUGCCUCAUCGGCGCCUGUGGAGACUCCGAUGAACGACGGGGACGGCUCCUUUGCUGGCAGUCUUCAUGGCCGCCUCAAGGGCCUGAAGCAGUGGCCUGGUGGUAUUGUUCGUAGUGCCAGCGGCCAAUCUGUUACCAGCAGCAAAGGCAAGGGGAAGGGUGUUGCUGGGAAGAAGGACAAAGGCUCACGGGCCGGAGGGGAUUCUGAUGCAUCCCUCGAUGGAGAUGAUCAAGAGAUGGCCGAUGGCCGCAUCGAAGACGAAGAGGAUGACGAUUAUGUCGUUCGCACCGAACACCUUGCCAACCCGAUGGAAGAGGUUGAGUAG